AUGAAAUCCUCAUCUCAUCGAUUCAAAGUGCCUGCCUCAUCUCAGCACCCUAAAACGCCAUUCGCAUCUCGUGCACGUUCUUCGGACAAGAAAUCUUCAUCUCACCACUCGAAACCAAUGUUAUCUCGUAGUCGUUUGCCUUAUCACGAGCGACCAUCUCGGCGUCAACGAUCGACUCGUCAAUCAAUUGAAUUGACUAGCAGGAUUCAACGCGGAAAAGAAGAGGCAAAAGCGCAGAAAGAAAAGGAGGAAGCGAUCUUUGUGUUCAACGUGCGCAAGCGUGUUUUGGUGGAUUGGUUGCAGAGUCUCUACGAUCAACCUGAUGAUGCGAUCAUUGCAAUUCGUGUGAAUAAAGAUCAGUUGCGUACCCUCAGUGAGCACGAAGCCUCAAAAGAGCGUCGUCGUCAGAGGCGCCAGGGGGAA